AUGAAGGUAAUUCCAGCAGCAGAGAGAACUCUACUUCAACAGUUUCUGUUUUUACUUGUAAUUUCUCACCUACCAUAUUUGAAAUUUCUCAUAUAUAUCUCAUGUUCCAGUCCAACACCAACCAGAGAAAAAGUGAUCUACCUGAAAGACUCUAUUACUACCUGGCAGAUCUUGGCUGUUAGUCUAUCACCAACACUCGGCAUCUGUGUGGCAGAACCUGAGGAGUUGGUCGUUUUUAAACACCUUUUUAUUGACCUCAAGAUGCCUUACUCUGCUGUGCGUGGUGAACAGCUGGAAAUCAAGGCCAUUAUUCACAACUACACACCAAAGAAGCAAAAGGUGCGUGUGGAGUUCAUGGAGACAGAAGAUGUUUGCAGCUCUGCCAGUAAGAAAGGCAAAUACAGAACAGUAGUAAACGUUGACAAAGACUCCAGCAUAUCCGUUUCAUAUGUGAUUAUUCCCAUGACUCUGGGGAAUCACAUGAUUGAGGUGAAAGUUUCAGCAUAUGAUUCUGUCCACACUGAUGGAGUGAGAAAGACGCUGAAGGUGGUGUCUGAGGGUGUGCUGAUUUCGUUACAAAGAGAAAAUGUGGAGCUCAAUCCUGCUAAGAAUGGAGAAAAACCUAUACUUCUUAAAGCUGAAAUACCACCUGAUUGGGUUCCAGACACACCUGCUAACACAUACAUCUCAAUUGCUGGUGAAGAGAUCACUCAGACAGUCGAGCAGGCCAUCAGUGGAGACUUCAUGGGUCGUCUUAUUGUCCAACCCAGUGGAUGUGGAGAACAGAACAUGAUCGGUAUGACUCUUCCUGUCAUUGCCACUCAUUAUCUGGACAGCACCAAUCAGUGGGAGGCUGUUGGCAUUGAGCGCCGUAACGAAGCCAUCAAACACAUCAGCACAGGUUAUCAAGGGCAGCUGGCCUACCGUAAACCAGAUGGAUCCUAUGCUGCAUAUAUUCACAGGCCAAGCAGCACUUGGUUAACAGGAUAUGUGGCCAAAGUCUUCGCCAUGGCCAAUAACCUUGUUACUCUAGAUGAAAAUGUGAUCUGUAGCGCCCUCAAGUGGCUGGUUCUCAACAAACAACUGCCAGACGGGUCCUUUAAAGAGGAUGCAGCUGUGUUAUCAACAGGGAUGGUGGGUGACGUACAGGGCAAAAAUUCAGAUGCCUCUCUGACAGCCUUUGUUGUGAUUGCCAUGCAAGAGGGCAGAGAGAUUUGUGCUGGAUCAGUUGGUAGUCUGCGUGAAAGUAUCAGGAAGGCUGUUUCUUUCUUGGAAGGUCGACUUCCACAACUGACCAAUCCUUACGCUGUUGCGAUGACGUCCUACGCCAUGGCCAGUGAGAACAAACUCAAUAUAGACAUCUUGAUGAGACACUCCACCCAAGUAGAAGCCGGUCGGUCCUGGACUGUCCCUGGACAACAUCAUCACUCACUAGAGGCGACGGCGUAUGCUGUGCUGGCGCUUGUGAAUGGAAAAGACUUCGAUAAAGCAGGAGAGGCAGUGCACUGGCUGGCCAGACAACAGUCUCACUAUGGUGGUUAUGGCACCACACAGGCGACCAUCAUGGUGUUCCAGGCCGUGGCAGAGUAUCGCACACAGGUGAAGGACCGACAAAACUUUAAUCUGGAGGUGGAGCUGUCUGUGGCAGGAAGAAGCAGACCUGUCAAAUAUACUAUCAAAAAUGAUAAUAGGCAUCUUACACGGUCGGACAGGAUGGACAUAAACAAGGACUUCAAUGUAACUGCUAGAGGAACUGGAACAGCCACUCUCUCAGUUAUGACGCUGUACUACGCCAGACCUGCUGAGAAGAAGUCAGACUGUACAUUGUUUGAUCUGACUGUUAAAAUGGAGAAAGAAAAUGAACCAAAACAACGAGGGGCCAUUGAAACUUACAAGCUCACUAUGGAGUUCUACUACAAAAGUAAUAAAAAUGAUGCCACCAUGACUAUUCUGGAUAUUGGCAUACCGACCGGAUUUACAGUGGAUAGCAGAGAUCUGGAAGAGUUGUCCACAGGGAAGGAGAGAUACAUUCAGAAAUUUGAGAUGGACAAAGUGCUGUCAGAGCGAGGAUCCCUCAUUCUCUACUUAGAUAAGGUUUUGCAUACAGAGAAAGAAAGAAUUAUCUUUAAAAUGCACAAGUUGCAAGAUGUGGGUCUGCUACAACCUGCUGCAGUCACAAUAUAUGAAUAUUACUCACCAGAUGCACGCUGUACAAAGUUCUUCCACCCUGAAAGGGAAGAUGGCGCUCUAUACAGACUGUGUAAGGGAGACCUGUGUCAGUGCGCAGAAGAAAACUGCAGUUACCAGAGGAAAAACCAUAUCGAAGAUGAUGAGCGUUUUGAUAAAGCCUGUGAAGCUGGCAUGGAUUAUGUUUAUAAAGUCACAGUGGUGGGGAUGAAUCUGAAAAAGGACUCUGACAUCUAUGAAAUGAAGGUGGAUCAGGUGCUGAAAGAAGGCACUGAUGAGGAUGUUGAGGGGAAUGUAAGACCAUUUUUGAGUCGUCCCAAUUGCAGAAUACCUUUGGGACUGGUGAAAGGCAAGUCGUACCUCAUCAUGGGCAAAUCUGUUGACCUGCCAAAGCUCGGGGGAAGUCUUCAGUACAUCUUGGGAGAGCAGACCUGGGUUGAAUACUGGCCUACAAGAGAGGAAAGCCAAAUGAAAGAACAAAGGGAGCGAUACAUUGGCAUUUCUGAUCUCCAGAAUAAACUUCUCAAAGAAGGAUGUGCUACAUAAUCGUAUAACACAUCGUAUAAUGUGUAUACAUAUUUACACAUAGUGACUGAAGAAUGACUAGAAUAAAGGCAAACUGACUCUGUACUACAUAUUCAAAUGUAACACUUGAAUUGUAGUAAUAAAUCAUCCAAUCAAAUGUAAAAAUGGCACUGUGUAUAAAAACAGACCAAUCAGAUUAGACAUGAUGAUGACAUUGCUCUGCCCACAGUUUAGUGUGAAAAAUGUCUUGAGAGUUAAAGUUCAGAAUGAAACCCAUCAGACUGUGUUAAAUGUUGAGAAAGAAAACAUUACGUAUUGCCUAAAAAAGUGAAGAAAUACAUUUUAUGUAAUGCAAUGUUUAAUGAAUUACAAGAGAAGGGGAAAAAAUGACUUUUUUGAGACAAUCCAGCAGUGUGUGCAGGAUCUUGACCAAUAUAACAGCAAUUAUAAUUUUUGGAAGAUAAAUGUAAUAAGGUUUUGAGAUCACUAAUUACAAAAAAAUAUUUUCCUCUUCCUGUUAAAAGGAAGGUUUUACCUGAGAGGUUUUCAAAAGUUGACACUAUCAAAGUUAGAACAACAUACCCGUCAUUUCCUUUGCUAACUAAAAUGAAAAAGCACACUUCAAAACAAUUAAUAACAUUUAUCCAUGUAAUAUAUUUUUUUAGCAUGUCUUCUACAAAUGUACAUCGUUUAAAGUUUCUCCUUGUUUUGAAGCAUUUAAAAAUAAUAUUGUUAUUGUAUGUCAAUCAAUAAAACAUUUACAAAUGAA